AUGUCCAAGCCUGUCUACACACUCGCCGAGGGCCAGCCCCUGCCUGACCCGUCCGUCAGCACCACGCUUCCGACCUUUGGCGGCGGUGCCAUCACCACCCUGGGAGACACCCUCCUGAUCGAGACCCUGACGCAUUUCAACCGGGAACGUAUCCCGGAGAGAGUUGUCCACGCCAAGGGUUCCGGCGCCUGGGGAGAGUUCCGUGUCACCAACGACAUCUCCCACCUCACCCGCGCCAAGUUCCUCAACGGCGUCGGCAAGACGUCCCAGGUGCUCUUCCGGUCCAGUACCACCGGGGGCGAGAAGGGCAGUGCCGAUACCGUGCGCGAUGUCCGCGGCUUUGCCGUCAAGUUCUUCACCGAGGAGGGUAACCAUGAUAUUGUCGGCAACCACGUGCCCGUCUUCUUCGUCCGCGAUCCCGUCCGCUUCCCCUCCUUGAACCGCAGUCACAAGAAGCAUCCCACCACCGGUCUCCCGGAUAUGAACAUGUACUGGGAUUUCCACUGCAACCAGCCGGAGAGUGUUCACACCCUGAUGCAUGUCUUUGGCUCCCGCGGCCUGCCCGAGUCGGUGCGCCGCAUGACCGGAUUCGGCAUCCAUACCUUCAAGCUGGUGGGCCAUGAUGGACGCUUCCGCUACUGCAAGUUCCACUUCAAGCCCGUGCUGGGCUUCAGCAACAUGACUCCCGACGAGGCCACCCGCAUGGCCGGUGUCAAUGCCGAUUUCCACAACCAGGACCUCUCCCUGGCCAUUGCACGGGGCGAGCACCCCAUGUGGAAGCUCUACAUUCAGGUGAUGGAGCCGGAGCAGGCUGAGACCUACGGCCGGGCUGUCUUUGAUAUCACCAAGGUCUGGCCGCACAAGGACUUCCCCUUGAUCGAGGUCGGCGAAAUGACCCUGAACCGCAACCCCGAGAACUUCUUUGCCGAGAUCGAGCAGGCGGCCUUCUCUCCGUCCAACCUGGUGCCCGGUAUCGCCAUGACACCCGAUCCGAUGCUCCAGGCGCGCAUGUUCGCUUACCCCGAUGCCCAGCGGUACCGUCUGGGUGUCAACUACACACAGCUGCCCCCCAACCGGGCCAUCUGCCCCGUGUAUGCGCCGUAUGAGCGGGACGGGCUGGCCACGAUGGGUCGCAACUAUGGAGGCGACCCCAACUAUGUGCGCAGCACCCUGACCCCGGGUGUCGUCAGCCAGUCGGUGCAGGACGUGCGCCACAACGAGUGGUUGCGUUCUGGAGCCGUGCUCGGACUCAACGAGAUCCCCGUGGACGACGAGGACUUUGUGCAGCCGCGGGCGCUGUGGAACAAUGUGUUCGACGAGGCCGAGCGCCGCAAGUGGGUGGCCAACGUGACGCAAUCGCUGGAGGGGGUGAUGCCGGAGAUCCAGAAGGCGACGAUCGCCAUGUUCAGCCGGGUGGAGCCGCGGAUUGGACAGAUGAUGGAGGCGCAGCUGAAGGGGAGUGCGCGUUUGUAGACUGGGGGAUUGAGGCAGGCGUCAAUAGAAG